UUCAUAAGUGCAGGGGCUGUUGUUAAUGCUGGGGUCCGAGCCCCGGUGGUAUUUGUCUCGGGAGUUCACGCUCUUUUGGGCCCUGACUCGCUCAGCUGUCUCUCUGACACCACCCACGCAGCCCCCUGCCGGACCCGAGGCGCUCACUGCGGUCCUGAGCCCGAGGCAACGACCACCAGCCAGGACAUGGAAGCAACCUGUGUGUCCAUUGACAGAUGAAUGGAUAAAGAAGAUGUGGCACAUUUAUACAAUGGAAUACUACUCAGCCAUAAAAAGAAACGAAAUUGAGUUAUUUGUAGUGAGGUGGAUGGACCUGAGACUGUCAUACAGAGAGAAAUCAUUACCAUCUAUGUCGGUGUUCCCCAACCCCUGGGGUACCAGUCCACAGCCUGUUAGGAACCAGGCCACACAGCAGGAGGAGAUGAGCAGCUGGCGAGCAAGCAAAGCUUCAUCUGCCGCUCCCCCAUCGCGAUCCCGAACCAUCCCCCCCCGCCCCCGUCCAUGGAAAAAUUGUCUCCCACAAAACCGAUCCCUGGCGUCAAAAAGGUUGGAGACCGCUGAUCUAUGUUACUUUUCUGUUUCCAUCAUUACCUCACUCUUCUUUUGUCACAAUAUAGAGACAGAAUGGUCCUGUUAAAAUGUGAAUCAGAGCAUCCUGAUGAUGCUCAUCUGUUUCUCAGAAAGAGAUCAACAUAAUCUCAAUACUUAUGUCUGGGCCACACAUACAUAUGUGAAUGCGUACAUACACACACACACACACACACACACACACACACACACCCAUUUUACAGAUUGAACUUCUGUUAUUCAUUCAUUAUAUGUUCAAAAUUUUACCAUCCAGGUUGCCCUCCUAAAUAUUUCCCUUCAUUAUGAGUCACUCACAUGGAACGUAAUUGUUUACAUGUGAUCCUAAAAUUAUGCCAUCUAUUACCUCGCUUUUUCUGUACAUGGAAUUUCUGAUAGCACUCUCUUCGACUGCAUUACCAUUUUUGACUAUCAUGUUCUUUGAAAUGCGUCAAACUUUUAGUCAAGUAAAACUUUUAGCAUUUUUUAAAAAUAUAAAUUCCUACUCAGUCCACUCAUCCUAUUCUUGAUUAUGGAUAAUAUUAACCCAAAUACAAAAGUUUUCAUGCGUCACUA